AUGUCAUGGAAGGAAACAGAUCCAGUGGCCCUGUGGAAAACAUCUUCAGUGAUCCCAAAUGUUCCUGAAAUAAAUGUUUUCGAUAAAGGGUAAGGUUGAUAUGUUCUUUGUCUUAUUCUCUUUAGGAGGCCAGACCUUUCCCCGAAGAACACAUCAUUAUGGAAGACGAUUCAGGAGAUGUCGGCAUUAGAUCAGAAGACUUAUCUCAGAUCUCUGUGCAAGAAUUGGCCGUUUAGGACAGAAAGGUAUGCCAUUCAGUACGCACAACAUCCACUGUGCAUUCUUAACGGAAUAACGGGAUUUUAUAUUGGUAUGUUCAUGGCUUACUUUUACCUUCUUUUUAGUUUUGUUACUAAUCUUUAUAUUCUUCAGCGAAUCGGAUAAAUGCCAGUGUGUUCCUCAACAAUCCCAGAGCUGGCUUCCUAGAGACAAUAAAAACAACUCCCAAAGUUCCAUCGGUAUUUUUCUGUUAUGCCUGUUCAAUGAUGACUUUUGGAUUUUGGGAAAUUUUGAUCCGCACGAAGUAUAUUGAAUCAGAUAAGCCUUGUACCAGCUGUCUUCUUCCCACUGGUGUCAUGACUGCAGUUGGAAUUGGGACACUUUUGCCGCUAGUUACAACACCCUUCUUGUGUCACAGUAUUGUAAGUUAUUGCAUUAUUUUUUUAGUAUUUGUAUUUAAAAAUGACAAAGGGGAUUCUUUAGUCAAUAUGCUUGCUCUGCUUUUGGCCUUAUACCUUCCAUUGGUCGAUUGUUCGAAUUUUUACAAAAGAAAAAUUUUUUGAUCUCGGGCGGGCUCGAACCGCCGGCCUUCUGUGUGUUAGACAGAUGUGAUAACCACUACACCACGAGAUCACGCGUCUUUUUCUUUCGGUUCGCUUUCCCUUUCCUUCGGGGUUUGUGGCCUUGAGAGAAAAAAUAGUGUAGAGAGAUUAUGGGUGGUGCACGGCUGGGUGUUGCAUAUUUGGGUGGCCCGCGUUUGGGUUAUGGACUUUUCGGGUGGGCAGAUUGGUCGGUGACGAAGUAUUGUAAUUAUGCUAGCUAUGACGUAAUAUUGUUAAAAUAAAAAAAAUAAAUUUGGGGGUUAUAACCAUGAGGAAUGUUGAGUGAUACAUCCGGUUUUUGAAUUGCACCUUUUAAGUUUUUUACUGUUUUUUAAAGAAGUACUAUUGUCUUUUCUUGAUUGAAUCUCACUUUACUUUUAUUUUUUAAACGUUAACCGCGUCGCGUCAUAUUUUCUUUAUAACAUUGUUCGUAUCACCCAAGAACUCAGUCGUUUUAAUUGGGCUUUAUUUUUGGAUUCCUCAUGGUCGAAACCUCCAAUUUUUAUAAAGGUUUUAAACUUUUAACAAUAUUACGUCAUAGCUACCCAAAAAAAUCAUCAUCCAUACGUGAGCCACCGAAAUAUGCAGCACGUAAAGAUAGGAUCGCCCGGAUUGUGGCUACAUUUCUUUUUGUUUUAGCUGCUGUACACGUUGAAGAAUGAAGAGAAGUACCUGGUUAAGAAUGUCCUGGAAGCGUUUUGUGUCAUCACUGAAUAUUCAAAACAUGUUCGGACGAAAGUUCCUCUUUUAAUUAUUCUCCAGACAUUGCUCGCUUCUGGCGCCAUCUAUGCGCAUGCCUGGGCUAAUGAGAAGUAAGUUAAUAAUUCAUUAAAGAGUCAAACGAUUAUUAAAAUGAUUUCAUUUCUCUUCUUUCAGGAUCUACAACUCCUUCGAAGUCGAUGCAGAUCUAAUCAAUGAGACUGUAAAGCUAGGGGAAAGGAAAGGCAAAAUUAGUCAGAUGCUUGAAAACUUUUUCAGUUCCGAUCGUUUUUCCAGUUGA